AUGGCUACACGCAAGCACAACGAUUUCCUCGAUGCGGAUAAUAGCGAUGACGAUGCGAGCCAGGGGUACAAUUCAGAGGCUGAAGAAUUAAGGAAGGGUGGCAGAAGCCCAAAGCGAAGGAAGGUCGAGAGCGAUGACAGCGCCGGCGAGGAAGAGCCCGAAGAAUCGGGAAAUGGCGAGAACAAAGAGGAUGGAGAAGCCCCCAAGGAAUCAGGAGAGGCGGAUUCUACAUCUGAGAAGAAGAAGAAAAAGACUCUGGACCUCCCUGGGGUCACCAAACCCCUCAGCAAGAAAAACCUGGUCGCAACCGAAGCGGCCAUCAAACGAUCCGGCGUCGUCUACCUGUCACGAAUACCACCUUUCAUGAAGCCUACGAAACUGCGAUCACUGCUUGAACCCUACGGAGCCAUCAACCGCAUCUUCCUCUCCCCCGAAGAUCCUGCCUCCUACGCACGUCGGGUGCGCAACGGGGGGAACAAGAAGCGAUCCUUCACCGAUGGCUGGGUUGAGUUUGUCAAUAAGAAGGAUGCCAAGCGUGCGUGCGAGCUGUUGAACGCGAGGAUCAUCGGGGGUAAGAAGGGCACGUAUUAUCAUGACGACGUGUGGAACCUGCUGUACCUGAAGGGGUUCAAAUGGCAUAAUCUGACGGAGCAGAUCGCGGCUGAAAACGCGGAGCGUGCAAGUAGGAUGAGGGCCGAGAUCAGCAAGACCACCAAGGAGAACAAGCACUUCGUGCAGAAUGUGGAGAGGGCCAAGAUGCUCGAGGGUAUGGAGGCGAAGAAGGCUGCGAAGAGGAAGAAAGAAGACGAGGAGGCUGCCACGGCCACGGCCACGGAGAAGGGAGGCGAUGAUGCUGUUACGAAGGAACCAAAGGCAAAGGCGGGCGGAGAGCGGCCACGACAUUUCAAGCAGACGGCAGUGGCAUCGAAGAAGCGACCAGCGGAGCAGCAAGAGCAGGUGAAGAGGGUCCUGAGCAAGAUUUUCUAG